AUGCUUUUGAAAGAACUUUCCAAGUCAACGGUGAAACCAACUGAACCGCCGAGGAAAAAAGCUCGCACGAAGACUGUGUCAAAGAAAACCACAACUCUUGCGAAGAAGUCUUCGGCAUCAGAAAGCGACACUUCUGAUGACUCCGGCCUAGAAAUUCAAUUUCCCGAAGAGCCUUCCCCUAUACCAGCGACGCGGCCCAGCGAACCGGAGGCUGCUGUGGAAUACGAUACUCUCCAAGCCGUCUGGUCACCACGCAAUCGAAGACCCAAUGCUGAUAAGGUCAAAAAUGCUUUAGUUGCAUUUAAAGACGUUGUCAAAAGUGUAAGGGAUGCGUGGAAAGAAAGCAGUCAAGCGAUGAAGAUGGCAGAGAACAAAGAUGAGAACGACAAAGCAGCCCAGCUCAAGAAGGAUGUUGUCCUGCAACGUCGCCUGAUGGAUGUGGUUGUCAGUACCACUCUUGAAAAAGGCCACCCGGCUAUCGUUGAGAAGUUAGGAGAACAUCCAAUGGCGCUCGCUGCCAUGUAUUCCUUUCUUCUAGAUCGACACCAAGCGUCCGACGUGGAUGGGGCAUUCACGGUCAAUAUACUUAAGUUACUCGCACGCUUUGGCUCCGUGGACGAGGAGGUACUCCAAAAAACCAACAUUGCCAAACUUCUACCACGUUUCGUGAAGAAGGGAGGUCCAACUGUCAAGGAGCUCUCUCAGAAGAUCCUAGAUAAUGCUGCGGCUUCCACGAAAAGAAAACUGGAGGCGACCAAGCCAGCAGCUAAAGAGGGGUCAGCGACCAAGAGCUCUGCCUCUGAACCAGCACCUGCGAAUGAUUCCCGUCCAGAAGUCGCUGGUUCGAAGAGGCCUCGGGAGGGAGAAAGCAAUGGCCAGCCUGCUCCGAAGCGGAUGAUUGUAACAUCCAAUAUCAAGCCUAGUUCGAAAGCGGGCAAUGCUACCACUAAUGGCCCUGUCAAACGUCCACAAGAGACAGCUCAGGAGAAUAAGUCUGCUGCAGCUGUCGCGCGUCCGAAGGCAAACAUUAUCGCUCCCAAGCCUACAAGCCUCUUUGGCAGCCUGAUUUCUGCUUCCAAAAGACCAGGUACCUCGAAUGCAGAGCGCGCUGCCGCCGCUGCCGCCGCAGCGAAAGCAAGCCCUCCGGCCGAAAAGAAAGAAGCUCAGACGCCGCCUUCUAGACCCACUUUCUCAUUUGGCGAUCUCAUGGCAGAUCUUAAUAAGCAGAAGGACUCCGAAUCAGUUGAGCCUGCUGAGGAUCGACCUCCUGAAACCGAAGAAGAACGUCAGAAGCGACUUCGCAAGGAAGCUCGAAGAAAAUUGCGCGUUACGUGGAAACCCGACGACUCUCUUACGGAAGUUCGUCUCUUCACCCACGACCCUGAUGAGGAGCUAGGACCGGGUGACCGCUCGCAGGGAGAAAUUGGCGACAUCAAAGGAGAGGGCAGUGUCCUUAAACUUCACAGAGAUCUUGAAGAUUUGGAAGAUGACGAUGAUGGCGUUAUUCGUGAAGAGAAUUUGAUGGACUAUUCAGAGCCUUCUGAAAUUGACAAAGGCGAUAUGACGUCUGACGAUCGCUCCAGGAACUACAUCAAACGAGGUGGAACACAAGAGCCUACUAGUCCCGAGAAGCAGGCCCAGGAUCACCGAGAAGCUACUACGCUCAUGGUUUUCUACACCUCUCCUGCAGAUAUUCCUUCCUCGCCGAAGGAGCCACCUCAGCCUGACGCUGAAGAACCUGUGACUGAAGUGACUUCCUUCGGAGAAUUACCGGAUCACAUCAAGGUUCGACAAGAGCGAUAUUACUCGGUGGUCAACCCGAAACCGGCCCCAGCUGCAGCUGCGCCGCCUAUUGCUCAAACCAACCAAUUUGACAUCUCAAACUUGCUCAAAAUCAUCCAGAAUGCGUCGCAGCAACAGUCAACUCCGCCGCCGCCCCCUCAGCCUGCGUCACAGGCGCCGAUGUCCGACCUCGAGCGAACCAUCAGCAUGUUUCGCCAGCAGCAGCCUCAAGUGCCACAAAUUCCCCAGUUCCCAUCUGUCUCUCGGGCACCGACAACUCAGGGCCUCGAUUUCCAGAAAAUAUUGGCUGUUAUGAAUGCACAAAAACAGAUGCCGCCGGCGCCUAUCGUACCCCAAGUCCCACCAUCGCAACCAGCGAUGGCGCCGAAUCUCGCUGCCAUAAUCUCACAAUUUGCCAACCAGAACCAGCAGGCUGGUUCGCCUCAAACUUCUGGUCAAUACUACGAAGAUCCCGAGCGCAAGCGUAUACGUGAGACAAAUGGACUUGAUGAAUCCGGUGAUGAUAGAUUUGGCUACGCCAAGCGAAGCAAGCUGAUUGAACCUUUCCAAACGGGUGAAACGCCCACAUUCACAGAACAUGUUCAGGCUGGUCUGCGAGCAUUGGCGGACGAUCCGUAUGGGCUGCUCGUGUUCUCAGGAGGUCCAACAAAGAAAGACAGAACGGACAUAGCAGAGGGCGCCUCAUAUCAUAAUCUGGCCAAAGACAAUGAUUACUUUUCUUGCUCUUCCAGAAUCGAUCCCGACCGAGUCAUAGCCGAAACCAACGCUACAGACUCCUAUCAGAAUGUGCUUUUCUCUCUGCUCAGAUUUAGAUCGUGCGUCGGAGCGUAUCCGAGAAAGAUCACUGUUGUUACGCACGAGUUCAAGCGCCAAAGGUUCAUGGAGUGUCAUUUUCCGGCUCUUGGGUUGCGUAGGCCCUUCGGUGAGAGUGAGGGGCAAGCUUCGUGCUCCGGAGUUGUCAUUGGGAUCAAUCCUCCGGAAGAAGUAACGCCCCUGGCGUCAUUGAUCUCAGGGGAAGAGAAGAGUGGGAUCGGUUUGUGGAGACGGGACCCGUAUGGUGUGGGCGAGGAGCUGGCAGCGAAGAGGGUUAAACGAGGAUGGAUGCCUGGCAUGGAAGACGAACUGUUUGUUAAUAUGGAGUUGGAGGCCGUCGUCGAGGAGCUCAUUCGUUGGCAUGGGGGAGUGAACGGUGAUAAGUUGUUUCCAAAGCUUGAUCAGCUGCCUUGGUACUGA